AGUCGAAUGCUGCAAACGGAAGGCUCUCGGUCUUCGUCAUCGGGUGAAAUCCACGUGAUCAUCGGUCCCAUGUUCGCUGGCAAGACGACGAGCCUUCUCCGCCGUAUACAAUCUGAGAGCAGCAACGGCAGGUGGAACUCCAUGAAGAUCAUCUCCAACUGGAUAAAAUUUUAAAGGGUCUUUGCAUUACAGGGAGGUUGGCAGAGGCAGUUGGCCUUUUAUGGCGCACAGGAGUUAAAGUGUUGCCAGAGACUUAUUCUCUGCUAUUGCAAGAAUGCAUAUUUAGUAAAGCACACAAGAAGGGGAAAAGAAUCCAUGCACAGAUGAUUAUUGCUGGCCUUGUUCCCAGUGAGUAUUUGAAUACAAAAUUGUUGAUACUAUAUGCUAAAUCAGGAGAUCUACGAACUGCUCAUAUUCUGUUUGAUAAGUUGUUGGAUGUGAGCUUGAUUCCUUGGAAUGCUAUGAUUGCUGGAUAUGUACAGAAGGGUCUUGAGGAAACUGGACUUCAUCUUUACUAUAAGAUGAGAUUAAAUGGUUUGACACCAGAUCAGUAUACCUUUGCCUCUGUGUUUAGAGCGUGUGCCGCACUGGCCACCUUAGAACAUGGAAAACGAGCCCAUGCUGUAAUGAUAAAGAGCAAUAUUUGGGGAAAUGUUGUAGUUGAUAGUGCCCUCAUAGACAUGUACUUCAAAUGCAGCAGUCUCUUUGAUGGGCAAAGGGUUUUUGAUAAAUCAUCGAAUAGAAAUGUUGUCACUUGGACAGCUUUGAUAUCCGGAUAUGGGCAGCAUGGAAAAGUGGAAGAGGUUUUGGAAUCAUUUGAUAGGAUGAAAAUUGAAGGGUUCAGACCAAAUUAUGUUACUUUUCUUGCAGUUCUUUGUGCUUGUAGUCAUGGGGGUUUGGUUGAUGAGGGUUGGGAAUAUUUCUCAUUGAUGACAAGAGAUUAUGGGAUCCAGCCUAGAGGGCAACAUUAUGCAGCUAUAGUUGAUCUUUUAGGGCGUGCUGGUAGGCUGCAUGAGGCAUAUGAACUUGUUCUCAGUUCACCUUGUAGGAACCACUCUGUGAUAUGGGGUGCCUUGCUUGGGGCUUGCAGGACUCAUGGGGACAUAGAUUUGGUAGAGCUUGCAGCCAAAAGAUACUUUGAGUUGGAACCAGAAAAUGCUGGGAAGUAUGUUGUCUUGUCUAAUGCUUAUGCCUCAUUUGGGUUUUGGGACAGUGUUGCUCAGGUUAGAGGAAUGAUGAGGAAUUCAGGGAUGGUAAAAGAGCCUGGUUAUAGCAGGAUUGAGGUUCAAGAAGAGGUCAACUUCUUCCUAAAGGCUCUUUUGUCAUGCUCUCUACAAACAAGCAAGCUAUUUGAGGAUUCUGAAAGUGAUAAGGUCUUUGACCUUAGAGUUGCAAGGAAAUAUAUGGAAUCUGGAAUGAAAAACUAAUAGCCCAA